UGACAUAGCAACCAGUAAACGUUGGAAAAGAAGAUAUAUAUUUUUACAUAAAAAAUGGAUCAAACAAAACGCCCGCUUUUGAUUCCUCCAGAAUUUGCAACAUAUGCAGAACAACAUGGAGUGUUCGAUAUGUAUAAGAGAAUGCUGGAACAGGUCAUUGUCAACAAACCUGAAAAUCCAAUACAGUUCCUGAUUGAUAUGCUGAAAAGAGAUAACAAUGAUGUACCUCAGAUUGUUAUUUUGGGACCUCCUGCAACUGGAAAGAGAACUAUUGCCAAGAUGGUGUCCAGCAAACUCCGAACUGCCCAUCUUACACCAGACAACCUUGUAACUGAGGCAGAAACAGAUUUGAAGGUUCAGGCACAACAGUUCAUCAAGAAAAACCAGACAAUUCCUACCGAAUUAUGGAUGACAAUCAUUGGGGAGCGUAUGAAGCUGUUUGAUUGUGUAAAGAAGGGCUGGGUGAUGGAAGGAUUUCCACAGACGCGCGAACAAUGCCUAGCUCUCCAGUCUGCGGGCAUAUAUCCUAAACACUGCGUGAUCCUGGAGGCGCCUGACACUGUUCUGAUUGAACGAGCCCAGGGCAAGAGGGUGGACCCUGUAAAUGGAGAUAUUUACCACACAACAUUUGACUGGCCAUCCAACCCUGACAUUCAGGGUCGUUUGAAGGAGGUCGAGGGCUACACAGAGGAAGACAUGAUUAACAAGCUGAUUGUCUACCAUCGCCAUUUUGACGGCAUUGCAGACUGCUACAAGAAAUGCUCGAAAACCAUCAACGCUGACCAGCCUAAGGCUGACGUGUUCUCACAAGUGUACACAUUCUUGAGCGGCCAGUCUCGGUCCAACGCCCCCCACACCCCCAGGAUAGUUCUUCUGGGUGCUACAGGGUCGGGCAAAGGUGUGCAGGCUUCACUGCUGGCUAACAAGUACAAUAUUGUCAAUGUGUCAUGUGGCCACCUGAUGAAACAAGCCAUCGUAGAUGAGACCAAGCAAGGCCAGGCUGCCAAAGCCUACAUUGACAAGGGCAUGAUGGUACCAGACAACAUAGUGAUGACAAUCCUAUGUAACCGCCUUUCCCAGCUAGACUGUGUCACACGGGGCUGGGUUUUACACGGCUACCCUCGCUCCAGGGAGCAGGCAGAAACAUUAACCAAGGAUGGAUUUGUGCCCAACAGGGUAUUCUUCCUGGAUGUACCAAACGACAGUGUUAUGGAGCGACUAACUCUUCGCCAAUCUGACCCAAUCACCGGUGAACGCUACCAUAUGAUGUAUAACCCUCCCCAGACGCAGGAAGUCAAGGAACGUUUAUGUCAGCAACCCAGCGACACUGAAGACGCAGUUCGCCAGAGGCUUGCUCAGUAUCACACCUACGUUGAGGAGAUUGCAGACUUUUAUCUGGAUGCCCAGCAUGUGAAUGCCGAUCAAGACCCACACACGGUGUUUGAAUGCAUUGAAAGCAUGGUUGUUAACCCACUGCCUAAGCACUUCCCAUAGACACUUUGUUAUUGACUAUUAGUGAAAGUAUACAAGAGCUUUAGGUUUAUAAAUGGCUGUACAUGUAUGUUACCAUAAACUGCGGUUUUUCAGCAUUUAGCAAGCAGUAAGUAAGAACUUGGAACGAAUCUUGGCUUGUAUCUUGGAUUGUUUGAAUGUAUCUAAAUCUAAGUAAUCAGGAAUAAGUGAAAAAUAUCUUCAGUCUACAGUACCUAGGUCUGACUAGAUUAGACUUUGACAUGUGACUUUUAGUGCAUACAUAGUUUUCAUUACAAUCCAGUUUAAAUUGUAAAAAGAAAAGUUGUAUAUUUGACCAAACAAUGUACAUUAUGUUUACAUCUUUGAAGUUAAUAUUUGUUGCAUAUAUGAAAAUAUUUUACGAAAAUCUCUGUUGUCUGUGAUAUAUCUUUUUAAUUAAAUAUUCAU